AUGUCUACAAUUAGAUGGGUGGAUCUGCUAUCCAGCGAGUCGAACCUCUCCCACUCAGUCGCGAACAAUGAAGACAUUGCAGAGAAGGCGAAGAAAAAAAAAUUCCCCUACAAUCAGGAGAGGGACCUGAACAGUAGCUUCUUAAAUUCAUACAAUGCAGAUCUGGACAAUAGCAAUGUGGGAAUUAAUUUAAAAAUAAAAAAUAUGACCAUUGUGGAGAAAAAGGAGAAGGAAGAGAAGUCCCUUCUGUGUGGAGAUAAAACUAGUGAGCAAAUGAGUCACUGGCGAAAUGACAACGAAAGGGAAGAGAGCAACCUCCCUAGUGCAGCUCUUAAGGGAGUGAUAACACACACAGGAGAGGGACAGUCAGGGAAGAGCACAGAAGAAGGAAUACCUCCCAAGGAUUCACAAAACGUGCAUAGUAAUGGAGACGAACAAAGAGGUGUCUUAGGAAAUGUCAUGCUGGAGGAGGAGGAAGAUGUCGGAAAGGAGAAAAACUGUUUGAGUGAGAAAUUGGAGAGUCCCUCCCAUAGGGAGAUCAACCAGGAAGAAAAAUCAAUCCCAAAGAUGGAUUGCCCAAACGAAUUAUCAAAUGACAGUACCGUCCUGGAAAAGAGAAACAAAACGGGGAAGCACUACCCCAAUGUAGAGAACAACCUAACGGAGGAAAACACCAAAAAGGAACUGCUCAAUAGAGGCAGCGUGCAGAGUGAAAAUUUUCAGUCCCCAAUCGAAGGUACAAAGAAGGUAAGUGAAAAAAGAUCAAGUGUGGGGAAGAAGAAAAAAAAUGCAUCAAGCUUAUCUGCUUUGACCAAAGGAAACAGGAGCAACAGAAUAAAAAAUGUUUCUGUGGAUAAAGAGUCGAUACAGAAUUCGUACUUUGCUCGAUACAUUGUGAAGAAGGGGGGUGACAAUACGAAGGCCGUGGGAGGGGAGAGUGUGCAGAGGGGGGAGUCCCAGGGGUGCAGUUUAAUAAUCAAGGCUCCAAAGGAGGGGGAGGUGUCCAGGGGGACGGCCAAUAAGGGGAAGAAAAGGAAAGACAGAGCCGGGCUCUGCGAGAACAGCACGGCUUCUAAGUUCAACUGCACGCUGUCGCACGACGUGACGGUGGAUGACAACAACGUCCCGCUGAACCCGGCCAAGAAGGUGAGGAGCAGGCUCAAGGAGAGGGCCGCCGCUGGGAAGGGAGCGGCAAAGGAGGCAGUAGCUGUGGCGGCAAAGGACGCUGCUACCGUGGCGACAAAGGACGCAGUAACCGUGGCGACAAAGAACACUGCAACCGUGGCGACGAAGGACGCAGUAACUGGGGGGAGAGCAGAAGGCUCAAAUGUAGGGCUAGAUCCACCCGGGAAAACCCAUCGAGACAAAGAAACCAAAACGGUGACGAAGAGCACCAUUGGAGAUGCCCCCCAAAUGGCCCAGCAAAACAAAAACAAUUUAGGAAUAAUGGAAAAUAUGCCAUCGCCCCCCAAAAAUCAUUUACCCUCCCUAAAUCACUAUACGCAUCUGACUAGCGAUAAUAUCGACCUGGAAAAAUUUAAAAAUUUCGAUGCGAAUUUUAUUAACUACUUGGGAGAUAUACAGAGCCACUUCAGUGAUCCGUUCGUGAGCUCCAAUAGCAAUCGAGUGAACAGUCGACUUAAAGAAAUUGCCGUAGGUAAAUCCACGAAGGAGUAUAAAAAUUAUGUCAAGGUGGUGAAGUAUGAGGAGAGGAUGGAAGAUGACCCCAGCACUCCCAACGCGUAUGAGAAUGUAACGAAUGCAAAGUUCCAAGCCAAGUACAACCUGUGGAGGAAGAAGCUGCAUAAGUUUGACACCAUCGGGUAG